AUGUGGUACAUAUUUUUUAUAGGAAGCUUAGCUGCCGCGGCCUCAACAACUGAACUCUACACACCACUUUGUAACGAAAGUGGUUCACCGGUGUGUGCAACGAAUGGGCAGAAGUAUCUUUAUUUCCAGAAUGAAUGCAAACUCAACGCUUAUAUUUACAAACAACUUUUCUUUGGGAGAAUAGUUCCAAUAAAAACGGACAUUGAAAAUUGUCUACCUAAUUGCGAUGAAAUUGUCUGUCCUAAGUUAUUUAAGCCAGUUUGCGCGCAACAAGUGCCAAAAGGAACUGUGAAGACUCUGCCGAACGCAUGCCUAGUGGAUCGACUGAUUUGCGAGACCAAGCAACACUGGACAGUUAUUGGCGAAGGGCUCUGCUCGCCAAUUCAAGCGCCGAAGUCUAAAACCGGUCCGGAAUAUACUUUCACUUCUGAUGCCCAAAGUAAACCCUCAAAGCUUGUAUCCGCGCUAGCUUACGAUGCAUACGCAGAUCGAAAUGACGGUUACUCUGCAAGCGCUCCAACUUCUGAAACAGAUAGUGCUCCCGAAGAUGCGCUUACCUCUACUGAUAUAGCUCAAUUGUAUCAAGGCGCUGAGCUUGUUGCUGCCCCAGCACCUAGUUAUGCACCAGCGCAAGAGACCACAGCAAUGUCAUCGUCAAAUGCAGAACAAAAUGAAGGUUACUCGUCACCAGCUUCAUUAUCUGGAAAAAACGAAGCGCAAGACCCAAGCUCAGCAUCGCUUCCGUAUGCAGAGACAGCUCCUGCGGCAGCCGAUUAUAGUAAAACAGAGCAAUCUCCAGGCCAGAAUCAACUUUAUGUCGCCGAAGAUCCUGUGUCUGUAUCUUAUGUAGACCCAGAGCCAAGUGCGACAUCACAGCCAUCGUCAAACCCAGUUGAGGCUCCAGAUUAUGCCUCCCACUUUUCUGGUUCUGUUCCUUGCGCAGUUGUAAGUCCGGCUAUGGACUCUAACGCUGCUUCAGAGAAAAAUUCGACAUCAAAAUCUGACUCACCGGUAGUUCAGGACCAAGUGUAUGCUGCCCCAGAACCAGAUCCUGUAUCUUACGUUAUUCCUGAGCCAAGCCCGGCCCCACAGUCUUCGUCAUACACAGUCCGGGAUCAAGUAUAUGCCUCUCCAGCCUCUUAUUCCGCAACUUAUGGAGCUCCAAAGUCAAGUCCAGCACAACAAUCUUCGUCCCAAUAUGUUCCAGAUCCAAGUCCUGCACCAAAACCUCCGACAUAUGCAAACCAGGAUCCAGUUUUUGUUUUCGUAGCUCAUGCUCCUGUGCCUAACGUUGCCCAAGAGCCUAGUCCAGUACUGCGACCUACGUCAUACCCUGCCCAAGAGGCAAGUCCGGCACUACAGCCUUCGUCGUACGCAGCACAAAACCAAACUUAUGCCGUAUCAACUUCUGCUUCUGCAACUAACAUUGGUCAAGUGAAAAAUAUAGCACUACAACCUUCGUCAUACUCUGAUCAAGACCAAGCUUAUGCUGCACCUGCUUCUGCUACCUACGCUACUCCAGAUCCAUAUCCAGUAGCACAACCAUCGUCCUACGCUGCUCCAGAGCCAAGCCCAGCACCCCAAUCUUCAUCACAUGCAGACGAAGUUUAUUCCUCGCCAGGCUCUACUAACGUUGCUGAAGAGCUAAGUGCAGCACCACAACCUUCAUCAUACGCAGUUCAGGACCAACUUUAUGCUGUACCAGCUUCUGCUUCUGUACCUUACAGUGCUCCAGAGAUAAAUCCACAAACUUCGCCAUACUCUGACCAAGGCCAAGUUUAUGCCGAACCUGGUUCUGCUACUUACGCCGUUCCAGACCCACAACGUUCCUCCUACCCUGCUCCGGAGCCAAGUACAGCACCCCAACCUUCAUCAGCCCAGGACCAACUUUAUGCCACAUCAGCUUCGGCUUCUGUACCUUACAGUUCUCUAGAUGCACAUCCAGCACCGCAACCUUCGUCAUAUUCCGACCAAGACCAAGUUUAUGCCGCUUCUGCUACUCACGCUGCUCCAGAGCCAUGCCCAGCACCACAACCAUCGUCCUACGCUGUUCCAGAGCCCAUUCCAGCACCACAACCGUCAUCAUACGCAGCCCAGAAUGAAGUUGUUCCUGCACCACAGCCUUCAACAUACGCAGUGCAGGACCAAGUUUAUGGAGCUUCUGUUUCUUCCACCGCUCCACAGUCAAAUCCAGAACGGCGACCUUCAUUAUACUUACCACAGGACCCAGUUUAUGUCACACCAGCUUCUGCCACUUAUCAUGCCGACCAAAGCCCUUCACCAGCUUCCUAUUCCCAUGUGGUACCAGCAGCGUCUUCUUACGAAACGUCUGAAGCGGUUCCUUCUCCUUACAUAAAUCCGGUAUUAUCCUCUUAUGAAGCACCAUCCUCCGCGCCAGUAGCGGACCCAGCAGCUGCAUCUGGUUUGUAUGCGGCAACAGGCACAGCUCCAGAUGUUUAUGGUUCAAAAUUAAAUAGCUCUCCGGCACCCGCCGCCACUGGCUAUACUUCUGCCGCUUCUUCUAAUGCCGCUCCACAGCCAAUUGCAGCAUUACAGACUGCGUCAUACUCAGCUCGGAAUCAAGUUUAUGGCACACCAGCUUCUGCCACCUAUCCUACCGACCAAGGUCCAACACCAGCUUCAUUUUCAUAUGCAGUUCCUACAUCAUCUUCUCAUUACCAAGCACCGGAACCAGCACCUGGUUCAGCGGUUGCAUCUCCAGCUUACUCCUCUUCAAAUCAAAAUGCGGAAACGGUGCCAUCUAGUUACCCAAAGCCCCUGCCAUCCUCAUACGAUGGUAUAAACUCAGCACAAGUAACGCAAAUAGCACUUGCACCUGCUUCCUAUGCGGCGACAGAAACAGCUUAUCAAAGUCAAAGUUCGGUAUCAGUUACAAAUUCAUAUGGCGCUCCAAUACCCGACGUCGCUGGUUAUCCUGUUGCAAAUGCGAGAUCAGGACAAUCUCCAGCCCAUUAUUCAGCACCGCCUAUUGCUCCAAGGGAAGAAAAUUCAGAUGAUCUACAGUCUGUCAUGGUUCUUGAGGAAAAUAAGAAAUAG